UACAAACACACUGGCGGUCACUGGCAAACGUGAUUUUAUGCUGCUGCUGUAUAUGCAGGCAACAUGAAGGCGACUGUUGUGCUCUACGUGUCUGCAUGCAUACUGGCGGAAGCCGAACUCGGUUCUGGGAAAGAUAAUGCAAAAUGUCAGGAUACACAUUCUUGGUGUAAGUCCGCCAGCUGUGACAGCCCUGGUAUUGCGGACAGCUGCCCGAUGACAUGUGGACGCUGUAACACCACAGUGAACUGUGAACGUGGACAGUACUGGAAUGGCAGCAGCUGCGAGGAAUGCUGGGAUGGAAUGCCUCCUGAGUACAGCGGGAAGUGUCCUUGUACAAUAACUGGGAGAUGGGGAGUAAACUGUGAACAUACGUGCAACAAAUGGUGUUUGGAUGGUAUUUGUGACCCCAUUUCUGGUGAAUGUGCAAACUGUCCACGGAACAGAUAUGAUCAGAAGUGCGACAAAACAUGUGACAACUGUGGUAACUGUACAGACACACCCUCAAACUGUCACCGCACAAAUGGAACCUGUCUGUGUGGAUGUAGCCCUGGAUUCUAUGGACAUGCAUGUGGACAGAAAUGCCACAGUAACUGUAGAUUCAAGUCAUGUAACUUCUCUGGAAUCUGCAUUGAUGGUUGUAAGGAAGGACAUUUCGGACCACAAUGUGAUAAAAACUGUGGAGAAUGUGUGGAUAAAUCUUGUUCAACAAUAGGUGAAUGUUUGAAAGGUUGCAACAGUGGAUGGCAUGGUAAGGGAUGCAACACCCGCUGCAGUAACAACUGUGAACAUUCAAACUGCCAUCAGAACGGAACAUGCAUGGAGUGCUUGGAUGGUUUUCAUGGCGACCAAUGCAAGAAAAACUGUUCUACUGGAUGUCCCACGAAACGGUGUAACAGGGAUGGAAGUUGUCAAUGCAGAAAGGGAUAUUUUGGCCACCAGUGUCGUAAUACCUGCAGUGUAAAUUGUCUUAACACAAGUUGUAGUCAGACAUCUGGGGAAUGUGAGUAUGGUUGUGUACUGGGGUGGUAUAGACCGACGUGUAGUACCAGAUGUCCUGACAACUGUGCUGCUGGUGCCUGCAACAGAUACGAUGGCUCAUGUUUGUCUUGUAGGGAGGGAUUCAGGGGACAUAUUGUAACAUGUCCUGUCCUCGACAUUGUGUUGAAUGUGACCAGAAUGCCAGCAACUGUAUGUCGUGUGAGCCUGGUUAUUUUGGAAACACCUGUGGAGAAAAGUGCAACGGUUGCCUUAAUGGGAGGUGUGAAAUCACAGAUGGAUUCUGCAUUGACGGAUGUAAACCAAAUUUGUAUGGGCGAGAAUGUAAGUCAUGCAACGGAAGUACUUGUGGUGUUUUUGUGUGUGGUUGUAGCCCUGGCCGCUGUGAAAAGUGACAGCAACGUUGUCCAUUGGCUGCCGGCUCUGUUUGUGAUCAUCAUCAUUCUUCUUUCAAUGGCUCUAUAUGCCAUAAAAAGGAAUAAACUUAACAAUAUCCUGAAAUGGAGAUACAUUGUCGGCCAUCCUGGAAGCAGCCCGACUCCAAUGUCAUUGAUCAACCCUUCGUAUCAGUCAACACCCAGAGGUGUUGCAACACCUGAGAACUCUGACUAUCAAGAGUGGCAGCCCUUGACAAGUGCAGACGUCGAGGACGAUUACAUCACAGCGAGACAUUCAGGAUUUGCCUUCACCCACCAAUCUGCAUCCGCUCACCUGAUCUCACCCAGAGAGUCAUGUCAUGAUGGUGACCUUGGUCCUCCUGCGUGUCACGUAACGGACAAGUCAAACCUAGUAGCUAUGUGGUCAACAGAGGUGAUGGUGCAAGGCCUGCGACUCUACGUUGAACAGAUGAAGAGAAGGGGUGGUUUCACAGAGCAGUGUUAUGAACUUCCGUGUGGCAAACUUGGGCCGUGUGACGAAGCCGAAUUGCCAGAAAAUGUUUGCAAAAACAGAUAUAGAAACAUACUGCCAUAUGAUCAUUGCAGAGUCAAACUUUCCCCUAUCCCCAACAUCCGUAGAUCCGACUACAUCAACGCUAGCUACAUAAAUGGAUACGGGGAGAAACACACAUUUGUAGCCACACAAGGACCUUAUGGAGACGUUAUUCGAGACUUCUGGAGGAUGAUAUGGGAAAUAGAUGCCAGCAAAAUAAUCAUGUUAACAAACUGUGUAGAAAACAGAAAGGCAAAGUGUGAGAAGUACUGGCCGGACUUCGGCCAGCCAGGCUCUGACUAUAACGAUGUCCAUGUCCAAUGUGUCGCCGAGGAGGAGCUGAUGGACUACACGGUCAGGACGUUCUCUGUACACCGGGAGGCGGAGUUACCUCGGAGACUGAAGCAGUACCACUUCACAGCGUGGCCAGACAAAGGAGUGCCAGAAGAUGUCGGGACGCUGGUGGACUUCCACAGACUGGUCAAGAACGCACCGUCAACUGGGAAAGGCCCAGCGGUUGUCCAUUGCAGUGCUGGUGUCGGUCGGACUGGAACGUGGAUCGCUCUGGACUAUUUGAUCCAACAAGCUAAGGCGGAAGGUGUGGUGGAUGUCUUUGAGUGCAUUGUCAGACUCCGACACCAGCGCAUGGAUCUCAUUCAGACCGAGGAGCAGUUCCUGUUUCUCCAUGAGGCCCUAAUGGAGGCUCUCCCGUCUUGUGACAGAAUGAGGCCCAGUCUCGUCCACAACGGUACUGGGGAUUACGAAAACGUGGAGAAAUUUCGUGAGCCGGCAAAGAACCCAUUUUCGGAUCACAGCGUCGUAAUUCACCAUGGCAACGACCAAAUACCAGAAGUUCCCAGACGUUUGUUACCAUCCCAGGCUCAGUUGACCUUGAACCAGUGAACAUUUCAAGAACCGUGUCAGGACUGUCAGCACCUGAAGACAAAGUUCCGUGUGUCAACACAAUCGCAUCAAGACAUAGUUCCAUCAACAUCGAAGUUCUUCAUUAUUGGGGGUGGGGUAGCCUAGUGGUUAAAGCGUUCGCUCGUCACGCCGAAGACCUGGGUUCGUUUCCCCAC